AUUAUACUCUCUGUAUACGGUACGAAGCAAACUGCGAAAAAUGGGCCAACAUAUUAUACAAACGAUCGAUCUCACUGCCCUGCAUCAAAAUAGAUGAACCGACCCCGGAAAGUGAACAACCCGAAUGAGUAGCUUGCAGUGCCCCGACGACAGGAGAAUAGAGAGACCGUCUUCGCCGGAGGAGUGGUACGAAACUCGCUGGAGGUGCUGAUACGAGACCAAACUGCUGCUGCAUAAAUCGGAGGAAAAGGAAGUUCGCCGGCCGAGUACUGCUGCCGAACUAAAUUCACGCCAAAGGAGGGAAUCAAUUUCAAAGCAACUUGAGCAGACCUUCUAUUGCCGGUGGAGGGCGCCACCUGCGCACGACGGCUGAUUUUCGACGAAGGCUACGAGUGCACAAGGUGAACUUGAGUGAGGAGCAAAAUAGAAGAAUUUCGCUAGGAGUACUUGGAGUUUGAGGUAACACUUUGAUGAUGAUGUUGAUUUCGAGAGAGCUUCCGCUAGAAAAUACAAUUAGUAAAUCAUUGUAAUUCCAUUUUCAAUAUCUUUAGUUGGUGAAUAAUUAUUUUUGGAGUUUAAUUUGUUUUAGCCUGUGCACUCGGUUAAGGGACAACUGAGUGUGGCGGUAACGCCCCUAUUCCCUUUUGAAUUUUCCGCUGCAUAACUCUGAUGCUUUCGAAUAAAAUUAAUAAUAAAGUAUUAUUUUAAAGUGUUUUUGGGUGGGAAAUUUGGGGGUGUUACAAGUUGGUAUCAGAGACAGGUUCUUUGGGGAAUUUUUCUAAACAAUUUUUCUAAGGUUUUCUAAAAAGGUUUGCACACAUUUUUGAAAUUUCCUUUAAAGGUUUUUCAAAAUGCUUUUCCAAAUUAUUUUUGAAAAAAAAAAAAACAAUCUAGGACUAAAAUAAAAUUUUAGGCGCGUGGUGAGGUUGUGAGACUUUGAUUUUGAUUUUCGUUGAUUUUGCGGCUCUUUUGAUUUUCUUGGGAUAUGUUUAAGUGUGACAUAUCCAUAUAUGUUUAUUUGAGGAUAAGUUUGGACUUAUAGAAGAACUUUAGGCAAUAUUUGAUUAGUGAGUUAUAGAUUAGAAUAGUAAAAUUGUGAAUACUAGCUAUUUGAUAGAUUUCUUAUUUGUAUCCUAAACGCUACUCUUUUCAAGGAGACAAUGACGUCAAUGAGGAACAACAUCGAGAACAAUGAUGUCGCACCAACGAACUCGGAGUUAGCUCAAAAUAUGGCCCAACUAACACAACUCAUCCAGACUGUCACGAAUGUGUUACUGCAGAAUCAAAACCAACAACAUCUCAACACCCGUAAUGAUGUAGCGAAACUUAUAGCGAAGCGCAAUCCCCCGAGCUAUUUAGGUGAAGAAGAUCCUCGAAUCCUCGAGGAUUGGAUUCGCACUUUCGACAAACUAUUCGAUGCCAUAAACUGCCCCGCGGAUCAACGGGUUAAUAUAGUUGCAUACUACUUACGUCAAGAGGCGGAUAAUUGGUGGGCCAUGACUGGCCCAACAUUGCGUCAACAACCCGACUUUUCUUGGGAGACGUUUAAGAAGGCAAUACGAGAAAGAUUCUACCCAGAGCACGUGAGAGCUGAGAAGUACGAAGAAUUCUUACAUCUGAAGCAAGUGGGUAUGACUGUUCAAGAGUACCACGCCAAAUUCUUGGAGCUCGCACGAUUUGCACCUGCGUUAGUUCCCGAUGAAAUCGACAAAACUAACAAGUUUAUACGUGGACUGAACUUCGAGACACAAAAAGCUCUUUGCGUUUCAGAAUGUCAAACUUUGAACGAGGCCUACGGCAAAGCUGCCAAGCAUUACCGAGUGAAACAACUCCAGAAGGAAACACUUAAGAAAGCGAGAAAGGGCACCGAAGAAGAAAGCAAACGGGGAGACAAACGACAGAGGCCAAAUCAUCUGAAGGAGACCCGAAACAGGAACAAGAUCAAAAAUAAAGGUCACGAUCAAAAGCGUAAGAAGAACUAUUCCGCUGAUACCGCACACUUCUAUUGCACGAAAUGUGGAAAGGAUCAUCCUGGAAAAUACUGUGACGGAACGCUUGUGAGAUGUUUUCAUUGUGAUAAACUAGGGCAUCGGGUGUUCGAGUGUCAUUCUAGGAAGAAAGGCUUAUCUCCAAAUCAUGGAUGCCAUCGUCAAGGGAAGAAUGCCAAC